CGCCCUGCGCGGCCCGCGGCGAGGCUAAGGCUGCCUCGGACGGGAGGCCGGCCCGGGGCCCUGUGCCAAGGUCGGCGCCUCGCGCCCCUCAACAGCCAACUUUCGGCGACCAGGACGGAGGGCGGGCCCCGGGGAGGCGGGUUUCCCCAGUAAGCCACCUGUGGGCUUGGGACUUGGGCUGAAAUAGGGGACCGCGCCGCGGCCGGCACCGGGGGGCAUGGAAGACGCGGACUGAGUCAGGAGCGCGGAGCCCCCGGCCCGGCGGCAGCUAGGGGGCGCGACCCCGCAGCCCGUGGAAGCCGGGCUGCUGUCCUUCCCGACUGCGCUUGCGCGGCGCGGAGCGCCGCCUUAUGGGUAAUCUCGGGGUGAGUGGAAGCGAGUGCGAAAGAUGGCUAGAGCGUCCCGCCCCAAUUCGAAUGCUUGGCGGCUAGAGCGUCCCUCCCCAACUCGAAUUCCCGGCGGUCGUAGCGGCUAGAGCGUCCCUGCCCAACUCGAAUGCCCGGCGGCUGUGGCGGCUAGAGCGUCGCCUGCUUCUGGGGAGCCGCGUGUGACCUUCCAGCCGCGCACCGAUGCUGCCGGCGGCCGCUCGCCCCCUAUGGGGGCCGUGUCUCGGGCUUCGGGGCGCCGCGCUCCGCCUCGCCAGGCUACAGGUGCCAGGUGUCUGUGCGGCGCGACAGAUGAGGAGCAGCGGCCAUCGGAGGGGUGAGGCCCUGGCGGGUGCACCACUGGAUAACGCACCCAAGGAGUAUCCCCCCAAAAUCCAGCAGCUGGUCCAGGAUAUCGCCAGCCUCACGCUCCUAGAGAUCUCGGACCUCAACGAACUCCUGAAGAAAACAUUGAAGAUUCAGGAUGUGGGACUCAUGCCGAUGGGUGGUGUGGUGCCCGGUGCUGUGUCCGCUGCAGCAGCCCCUGAGGUGGCGGAAGAAGAUGUCCCCAAACAAAAAGAACGGACACAUUUCACCGUCCGCCUGACAGAGGCCAAGCCCGUGGACAAAGUGAAGCUGAUCAAGGAGAUCAAGAGCCACGUCCAGGGCAUAAACCUCGUCCAGGCGAAGAAGCUGGUGGAGUCCCUGCCCCAGGAAAUCAAAACCAACGUCGCCAAAGCUGAGGCCGAGAAGAUCAAGGCUGCCCUGGAAGCCGUGGGCGGCACCGUGGUUCUGGAGUAGCCUCCAGCUCGAGGACUGUGUUCAGGGUCCCUGGGACCCGGGCGAGGCCCCGCCCACCCAUGUCACCCGCUCCACCCCCGGCACCAGGGAGUGGGGGAGUGAGAGCUGCUGGCACCGUGUGGCCAGGUCAGCCUGGGCGUGGCGGAUGGACCUACUGUGACGGGAGCGGGGGCAGCUGCUGGCACCAGAAGAGAGCCAGGACACGCAGGAACAUCCUCCCCUGGUGGCCGCUGAGAAAAAUACAGUGUGCAGCUGGCUGUG